AGUCUUUAUCUAUCUAUCUCGCUCUCCUUCAUGUCUAAAAUGUUUAGCGGAGUUGCAAUGACCAACUCUAUUGUACUUCUUCUAUUUUCCUUAACAUUCUUAGAACAUGGAUUGUUCAUUCAAAGGGUCUCGUCUCUUGGCAUAAACUACGGCCAAGUCGGCGACAAUCUUCCUCCCCCAAAAAAGGUUCUACAACUCUUGAGCUCACUCAAUAUCAACAAGACAAGAAUCUACGACACAAACCCUCAAGUCUUAACCUCAUUCGCCAAUUCCAACAUCGAGCUCUUCGUCACUGUCGAAAACGAAAUGCUUUCCAGCUUAGUCGACCCUCAACAAGCUCUCCAGUGGGUCACGUCCCAUAUCAAACCCUACUUUCCCGCCACCAAGAUCGGUGGUAUUGCUGUCGGCAACGAACUAUACACCGACGAUGACUCAAGCCUCAUAGGGUAUCUUGUGCCUGCAAUGACUAGCAUUCAUGCUGCUCUGGUCCAAACUGGACUAGACAAGUACAUUCAAAUAUCGACUCCGAAUUCACUAUCAGUCCUCCAAGAAUCUUUCCCUCCCUCCGCGGGAUGUUUUAGGCCGCAAGUCGCCGGCGUAAUGACGCAGCUCCUAAGUUUCUUGCGUACCACGAAAUCCCCUUUUUGGAUCAAUGCUUACCCUUACUUCGCUUACAAGGAUUCACCAACGAAGAUCCCAUUAGACUACGUACUUUUCAACCCUAACCCUGGAAUGGUUGACCCCUACACCAAGUACCACUACGACAACAUGCUCUACGCUCAAGUAGACGCUGUGAUCUUCGCCAUGGCAAGGCUUGGCUUUAAAGAUAUAGAGGUUGGGGUCUCGGAGACUGGUUGGCCGUCUAAAGGCGACGGAGAUGAGAUUGGGGCCACCGUGGCCAACGCGGCAGUUUAUAAUAAGAAUCUUCUAAAGAGACAACUUCAUGGUGAAGGAACGCCAUUGAGACCAAACAUGGGGCUUGAUGUUUAUCUCUUUGCUCUCUUUAAUGAAGACCUUAAACCAGGACCAACCUCUGAGAGAAACUAUGGAUUGUAUCAGCCUGAUGAGACCAUGGCUUACAAUGUAGGUUUAUUAUCAUCAUCACCAUCAACAACGACAUCAUCACAAUCAUCUACUUCAACAAAUUCUUUUAUGUCCAUCACCUCCUCCGCCUCUACGGCUAUAAAGGAGGGAAAGCAACGGUUGAUAUUUAUGACAUGCGUUUCUGUGCUGGCCAUUCACUUGAUUAUUAGAAGACUGUACUAGAAGCAGAAACAAAUUCGAGAGGUUCUACGUGUAGAUAGAGAGAGUCCACUAAUGCGGUUCAUUUUUCAACGAGAAGAAUCAUAUUAUUUUCAAAAGUGUCUCGAAUUAUUCUUUAAAAGGAAAACAAACAGAAACUGAUUCCGAGUGAUUAGUUAACUUGAGAAGGGGGUGGAAAUGCUGCAAAGAGGAUCCAAUGUAUAAAAGAAACUGACAGAUGUUCAUAUUAUGAAAUCAUAUUGUUCUUACUAAUAGACGUGUUAAUUAUCUCCAUUGUCAACACAUAAUUUUUAAAAUCCAUGAU